GCACUACACUUCCUAAUAAAAAAAAAGGCCUUACAUUGUAGAUAACUACUACGAAUAGAAAAAAAUAUUUACAAAAAAGUUAUAACUAAGAUGAAUUCCGAAAAUCAAGAAGAGGAACUGGAAGUCCUCAGAUCCAUUUAUGAAGGAGAUGGGAAUUUUAGGGAAUUGAGUCCCAAGUCAUUCCAGUAUAAGUAUGGGACAGAAGGUGAUCCUCAUUCCUUUGUGUUUGAAAUUAGCUGGCCAGAAUCAUACCCAGAAACUUUGCCUGUCAUCAAUAUGGAUGCUUUUUACAACAAACACAUGAAAACUCGUGUGAAAGAAGAUAUUAGAUCAAAGGUGUUAAAAGAAGCAGAUGUUAAUAUUGGUUCAGCUAUGACCUACACACUAAUUGAAUGGGUGAAAGAAAACUUAGAAGAAUUAAUGGUUGACCAACCUUCAACUAUGGAUGCAUCUCUUAAUCUUGCCAUUUUAGAUAUUGAAGAGAAGGUUGAACACUUGUGCAAAGACAAUAAAGAACGCCGUUCUGGUCUUACCAAAGCACAAAAAAGACGACAGUGGGAUCGAAUGGAUGGUAAGGGAGAAAAAAUAAGGGGUUAUGAUUGGGUUGACGUUAUCAAACAUUUAUCUCAAACUGGAGGAGCCCCAUCUUCAUAACGUUUUUUAUAUAAUUAAAUAGAUUUGAGAUAAAAAUUCUUAAUAAAAGACAUAGUGAAAAUGC